UUUUAUUUUUGUCCUUCAAAAUAAACUUAAAAAUUCACUGAAUUUCUCCAAAAACAUUCAAUGUCCAAAAUUUAAUUUUCUUCAAUCGGGAAAGGGAAAAUUGUAUAAAUAAAUAAAAUGACACAACAGGCAGCAACAGCAUCAAGUUCAGUUAUUGGUGGAAUGCCUCAAGGGCUUUUUAAUUUGGGCGUGCCUUCAAUAGGUACAAGUUCAGCACCGAGUACUGGUAUUCCUCCAAAAACGCUGGCUGAUCGAUAUCGAAUGACUAAAAAAGUUGGAGAUGGAACUUUUGGAGAAGUCUCUUUAGCUAUAAAAUUAGACACGGGGGAUGUUGUUGCAAUUAAAAGGAUGAAGAAAAAGUUUUAUUCGUGGGAUGAGGCAAUGAAUUUACGAGAAGUUAAAUCUUUAAAAAAAUUAAAUCAUCCAAAUAUAAUUCGUUUACGAGAAGUAAUCAGAGAGAACGAUAUUCUUUAUUUUGUAUUUGAAUUUAUGCAAGAAAAUUUAUAUGAAUUAAUGAAGGAACGAGAUCGCUAUUUCCCAGAGAAUUCCAUUCGAAAUAUAAUUUAUCAGGUACUUCAAGGCCUUUCUUAUAUGCACAGAAACGGGUUUUUCCACAGGGACAUGAAACCAGAAAAUAUAAUGUGUAAUGGAACAGAAUUAAUUAAAGUAGCCGAUUUUGGGUUGGCUAGGGAAAUUCGUUCAAGACCUCCUUUUACUGAUUAUGUCUCUACUAGAUGGUAUAGAGCACCUGAAAUUUUGCUUAGAUCGACUUUUUACAAUUCCCCAAUUGAUUUGUGAGCUUUGG